AUAAGGUCAAAAAUUUGUAUAUUUCACUACUACAAGCUAUAAAUAAAACAUUUUAAUGGAAUCCUAAUGGUAGUUCGACCUCAACAGGCCCAUGGUAGUCGUUAUGCGGUAUUGAAUACAAAAAUUGCAUAUACUCUGCAGGCAACCCGGUUUCUUCUCCCCCUUUAACAAUGGUUUUCAGGUAAGCUACUGAAGGACGAUUAUCAUGAGGUAGCUCUGAUAAAUCAUCUACGUCUGGAGUAGUUGCGGUUUGUUGAUAAACCCUGGCUUGCACUUUUUCGCCACUAGGCAAGUGUACGUCUACUUGGAGUACUCUGUAAAUAUUUUCGUGGACACCUUCUUGUCUAGAACAAGAACACAUAGAGUGAAUUUUUCAAAAUUCUAGAAUCAUCCUGUUCUAGUUGUUCCGAUUGAAAACGCUAUGGCAUUCAAGUGAUUUUGACAAUCGGCAAAUUUGAGUGACGUUUUAAAAAUGGCCACAGUUUUAAAAAUACUGUAUUAAUAUUUGUGUUUGGUAGCCGAAAAAUUAAAUUUUACGUAAUAAUUACCUAUCCAAAUGUUCCAUAUCGGACUGAUCUAAGUGCCAGAGAGCUCCCCAGACAUUUUUGCAUUGUUUUUCGACAAUAGUAGCGCUCGCUCCUUUCCAUCUUUUGGAAUACGUCACGAAGCUUAAUUGGUAAUCCUACAAAAAUGAGUGACAAAUCACCAUCAGCUGAUUCAACGCCCCCAAGCGAUACAAAGCCACCAGCAGAGGAAGUUCAAAGUCAAGAAAAACCCCAAGAAAAACCCUCUGAAACCCCCACCUCUGAGCCUCAACCAACCCAAACAGACCAGCAAGGUGAGACUUCCCAAGCUGAAGCUGCAACUAGCUCUCCAAAGACCAAAAUUAAUGUCAAUGUAAAAACCCCUAAAGAAAGGGAAACAUUUGAAGUGGACGAUGAUCUCAACAUCAAAGAAUUCAAAAAACUCAUAUCACCCAAAUUUGGUACUGAGCCUGAACAGUUGUCCCUAAUUUUUGCUGGCAAAAUCAUGAAAGAUGCUGACAAUUUAAAAUCGCACAACAUAAAAGACGGCCUCACUGUUCAUUUAGUCAUUCAUGCUGCACCCAGAACUCCAGAAAACCAAGCUCCAAGGCCACCUGCUGACAUAUCAGCCACUCCUUACAAUCUAGGAGGCUUAGGUGGCCUGGUUGGCCUAGAAGGCUUAGGUAUGGGUUCUUCCAACUUUAUGGAAAUUCAAAAUCGCAUGCAAAACGAACUACUAUCAAACCCUGAAAUGUUAAGGUCUUUAUUGGAUAAUCCUUUGGUGCAAAGAUUCAUGAAUGACCCAGACAACAUGAGGACUCUUAUUACCAGAAAUCCACAAAUGCAAGAUCUUAUGGAAAGGCACCCAGAAAUCAGUCACAUGCUUAAUAAUCCAGAUUUGUUGCGCCAAACAAUGGAACUUGCAAGGAACCCCUCUAUGCUUCAAGAAUUAAUGAGAAGUCAUGAUAGGGCAAUGAGUAAUUUAGAAAGCAUUCCUGGUGGAUAUAAUGCCUUACACAGGAUGUACAGAGACAUUCAAGAACCAAUGUUAUCUGCUGCAACAGAGCAAUUCACACAAAACCCUUUCUCUGGCUUGAUGGAUGGCACUCAAGUUAACAAUCCUCAACAAGGUACAGAAAACAGAGACCCAUUGCCAAAUCCUUGGAGUAGGGGUUCACCAAAUGCCCCACCCGCACCAACUACUCCAGGUCCAAAUGUUUUAAAUAAUCCCCCAAUGGCCAGUUUGCUCCAGCAAAUGUCAGAAAAUCCAUCUUUGAUCCAAAACAUGUUGAGCGCACCUUACACUAGAUCAGUCAUGGAAGCUUUAACUGCAGACCCAACUAUGGCCAACAGCCUUUUAGCUGAAAACCCAUUAUUUGCUAGCAAUCCUGAAUUGCAAAACAGAAUGAGGACAAUGAUGCCAGAGUUUUUGCAGCAACUACAAAAUCCAGAAAUGCAAAAUUUGAUGACCAAUCCACAAGCGUUAAAUGCUAUAAUGCAAAUUCAACAAGGUAUGGAAACAUUGGGUAGGGUAGCACCAUCGUUGGUGAAUACUUUUGUUCCUCCCACUCCCAAUCAGACUACUACACAGUCCAGUGCAGGCACUGCAACUACACCUACUACCACUACAGCUCCUACUCCACCUCCAACUGCUCCAAAUCUCAACAGAGACGGAUUUUCCGAGUUUAUGGCAAGAAUGGUAGCAGGAAUGUCAGCUGGAAAUGACCAAUCAGCACCGCCAGAAGAACGCUAUCAGCAACAGCUAGAACAAUUGGCGGCAAUGGGUUUUGUUAAUCGGGAACUCAAUUUGCAGACUUUAAUAUCAACUUUUGGAGACAUUAAUGCUGCAGUAGAAAAAUUGUUAGCUUUAGGGCAGUUGCCGAUGAGCUAACCAUUUUUUAAACACUUUUUUGCAAUACAUUAACGGUUUUUCAGUAGUUACAGAUGUUGCGCUUGUUUCUUUUUUAUAUAGCCUUUAUACAUGUAAAAUCCAAAAAAAGAAAUGUUCAAUCUUUAUAUUUGCUUUUUAAAAAUGGUCACAAUCGGCUGAUUUUUAAAUAUUUAUAAAUAAUGGGGGAUGAUUAUUUGUCAAAUUUUAAUAUAACUUUUAAUGGAAAAAUCUGUACUAUUUUUGAAUAUUGCCUCAAUAAGGUGUAUUGUAUAAUGUAGUUUAUUAACGUUUGAAAUUCCAAAAAAAAAUAUAAUGCACAUUUAUUAUUAUUUAUGGUUAAGAAUAUAAAAAUAAUGUUUUUUAAAUAAUAAUCUUUAUGUUAUAGUUUUUAUUUUUGAAAGAAAAUCUCAGUUUUUUUGAAAAUAAGGCUGGAUUUUACAGGUUACAGAUUCAUUGAAUGAAACACCUAGCUGAUAAGUAUCUAAAAAAAAAAAAAUAUAAAAAAUUAGGUGUGAAGUAAUUUUGUUUGAUUUUAAUCUCUUCCAUAUUUAUGAGAGUCUUUUGGUUUAUCUAUUCUAACAAUUUCCUCAGCUACAUUAAAGUAUCCCAAAUAUUCUACUGAUUCUGGCGUGGUAUCGAUAUGAUAGUGACCGGCUUCUCCAUUGGGGCCAAAACUGUGGAAGUGUUGCACUCUCAAAUCAAUAGCACCCUAUAUCAAGAAAUAUAAAAUUAUAAGUUUUAUUUAUAUUUUUUAACUAUUUACCCCAUCGUUACUAGUAAAAGUGCCCACUGCAGUUAAUGG